AUGUCGUCGGUUCCAAACAAUUUAGAGAAAGAUUCAAGUCGCAAUUCCGCUGCCGAUUCAAUGAAUUUCACGAAUUCUCAGUCAAUUUUUUCUUCUACUCUUCCAGUAAUCUCGUCCAAAUUGACAAGAGACAAUCACCGAUUCUGGAAAUCUCAAAUUCUUUUUGCCGUUGGAUCACAUGAUUUAGAAGAUCACCUCACGGGACUGAUUCCGUGUCCUGCUCCAUUUAUCAAAGUUCAAUCAGAGGAUUCCAGCUCAGAAUCGAUGGUGAAGAAGCCUAAUCCAGAACAUGUGCUUUGGAAGAAGAUCGACAAACUUCUAACUCAGGCAGGCCAUGGUUGGGAUGUGAAAAGUGUUGACUGGCACCCUACAAAAUCGCUUCUGGUUUCAGGUGGAAAAGACAACCUUGUGAAACUUUGGGAUGCUAAAAGUGGGAGAGAGCUCUGCUCUUUUCAUGGCCACAAAAAUACAGUACUUUGUGUGAAGUGGAAUCAAAAUGGUAACUGGGUGCUAACUGCUUCCAAGGAUCAAAUAAUCAAGCUUUAUGACAUAAGAGCUAUGAAAGAGCUUGAAUCUUUCCGUGGACAUCGAAAGGAUGUGACUGCAUUGGCAUGGCAUCCAUUCCAUGAAGAAUACUUUGUUAGUGGGAGUUUUGACGGGUCCAUUUUCCAUUGGCUUGUUGGGCAUGAAACUCCUCAGGUUGAAAUUCCCAAUGCACAUGAUAACAGCGUUUGGGACCUGGCAUGGCACCCGAUUGGAUAUCUUCUUUGCAGUGGGAGCAAUGAUCACACAACAAAGUUUUGGUGUAGAAAUAGGCCAGGAGAUUCUGCUCGUGACAAAUUUAGCAUUGGUCAGAACCAAGGUUAUGGUGAACAAAAUGCUGCUCUUGCUGGUCAAAUGCCUGGGAAUUUUGCGGUUCCUGAAGCACCAACAACUCCAGGACCAUUUGCUCCUGGACUGACUCGAAAUGAUGGAACCAUUCCUGGUAUUGGAGUUGCAAUGCCCUUAACUAUUCCAGCAUUUGAUUCAUCGGCUCAAGGGGAACAAAAGCAGCCUCUUCCUGUUUCAAUGCCUUUAGGAGCACCUCCUCUCCCACCUGGUCCACAUCCCUCUCUUCUUGCUGCCAAUCAGCAACAACAGGGAUAUCAACAAAACCCACAGCAGCAGAUGCCGCAACAACACCAGGGACACCCUCAUCAAAUGCCCCCUAUGCCUAUGCAACCUCCAAAUAUGCCACAACUACAGCCUCCAUCCCAUAUGCCCUUGCUGCCCCAUCCUCAUAUAUCUCGCCCACCACCCCAAAUGCCCCAACAUGGCAUGCCAUCUCAAAUCCCAUCUUCGAUGCCAGGGUCGUUGCCUGUACCUUCAUCACAUCCAAUGCCAAUGCCUGGUCCAAUGGGGAUGCAAGGUACAAUGAAUCAGAUGGCUCCAUCUAUUCCACAAGGCCAUUACAUGGGAAUGAAUCCAAUGCACUCAGGAUCCUUACCCACUAGUGGUGUGCCUCCUGUUGGGGGCUUUCCAAAUGGUUUGCCAAAUAUGCAAGGCCCAUCGAAUGCAAGUGGAGCACAAAUGUAUCCACAAGGUGGUGGAUUUAAUCGUCCACAAGCAGGACAAAUGCCAAUGAUGCAAGGGUUUAAUCCCUACCAGUCUGGUAAUCAAUCUGGUAUGCCGCCACAUGGUCAAACGCCUCAGUAGCAUAUUCUUGUGCUAUAUAAGAUAGCUUCACAGAGUUGCUGCCGUCUAAGACUGACGGAGAAGCAAUCUGUUUUUCUC